AUGCAAGCCAUGAAGGUGAGGUGUCGAAGGCAUCGCUCACGUCAGAGAGGUCUGUCGAAGGCAUCGCAUGCGACACAUGACUCCGAGGUGCCGACGGCAUCGCUCGCACUAAAUGACAAUGGGGUGUCGAAGGCAUCGCUCGAGUCGAAUGAUGGCAGGGUGCCGAAGGCAUCGCUCACGCCGAAGACAGUGCACGCCGAAUGA